AAUUUCCUUCCUGCUGCCACAAAGCGAAAGUUCAAAACAGCGCCAUUUUCUGUGCAGUUUGCGCCUUCUUCACAUCGGAGCUGAAAGGGAGUAGCCAUGUCGGGGGCGCAGGUACUCCUGGAGGCUCUGGAAGAUCUAGAGGAGGAUGACUUCCAGACAUUGAAGUGGUACCUGUCUCAGAAGCUGGUGGACAGCCGCAAGCCCAUCGCACGCAGCCACCUGGAGAAGGCCACACGCACCCAGACCGCAAGCCGGGUACUCUCCACCUAUGGCCCGGACACUGCUGUGGAGGUGUGUGUGGACGUGCUGACCAGGAUGAACAAGAACAAGUGUGCUCGAGAGCUGCAGCAGGCGUAUGCAGCUCGACCUGACGCUGCAGUGGGACCUGCUCCUGGUGCUCCGACUGGUCCUGGUGCUCCCGCUGCUCCUGGUGCUCUGGCUGCUCCUGGUGCUCCGGCUGCUCCUGGUGCUCCGGCUGCUCCUGGUGCUCAGGUGUCUCUAACCGCUCAGGAUGGCAGUGUGAUCAUGGCCCCAACAAUUAUUGGAGGAAGCGCGGGAACAUGGACUUUUACCCUCAACAAAUAAAUUAUUUAUACCAUAAA